CGCGUCAAAAACAAGAAAGGAGGGACACAAAAGUAGUGACACAGUAGAAGACCUACAAUGGCUUCGCACGACAUUUAUUGUAUCUCAUUAGAUAUUUUCUUAUGCACGCUCAUUCUGAAAGUAUGUCUAUGAUCCCUAUCUUUUCAGUUGCUUCGUCCAGGACAUCUUCGAGCUUUCGCAGUCGCGCUUCCGCGUAUUGUCUCAGCACUACGACGCGAGUUUGAAGAAGUUUCUACAAGAUGUUGGCGCGCAGUUAGAACCGUCUGUGGGAGCAUACGUG